CCUACCAUUUCCAGGUACGCGGUACACAUCUCAACUUCCAACUGCUCGAUCACUUUAAUGUUCACUUCAACUUUCCAAGUUUACAGUUAAUUGUAUUUUAAUUUAUAAUUCUUAUAAUUCUUACCGACUAGGAUCCUCGCCUCAUAUUCGGACGUACCCCGCCAUCAGAGGUCUCCCUUCCGAUCUUAAUCAGUGUCACCCCUGUCUUUCGGUUUUGUUUUCUUCUCCUUGCGUAUCCUGCUGUGCGAGCCCAAAACCGAGUCCAAGGAUGGUUUUCCAUCUUCGAGUCCUUCAACCCCAAUUCUUCUCGACUUGAGUUUUUCUGAAUCAAACACUCGGAUAUGGCGUCGAACGCAUCAGAUGAGCAGCUUACUCACGGAGCUGAGGCAAAGCCUGCUCCUCCUGCCAUGUCUAAAGGGAAAGAGACGUAUUCCUCAGGCGCCGUAGCCGUGACCGGGCUCGACGACACUCCGCCGGGUAUGAUCGACGCUCACGCGGAACGGCGCCUCCUCCGUAAAAUCGAUCUGCACGUCUGGCCUAUUCUGUUCAUCAUAUACAUGAUGUCUUUCCUCGACCGGAUUAACAUUAGCAACGCUCGUAUCCAGGGCAUGACCGAGGAGUUGGAUCUAUACGGAGACAGAUUCAACAUCGCCCUCUUCGUCUACUUUGUCCCAUACAUCCUCUUCGAGGUCCCCAGUAACAUGAUCUUCCGCAAGACCAAGCCGGAAUACUACCUCUCAUCUCUCAUGCUAAGUUGGGCCAUAAUCAACAUGUGCAUGGGCUUCGUGACGACGUACCAAGGCUUAGUCGUCCUGCGAUUCUUCCUCGGCACCUUUGAGGCCGGCAUCCUGCCUGCCAUCGUUUACCUAACCUCUAUGUAUUAUAAACGCCACGAGUUCCAGACACGCAUGAGCUUCUUCUUUUGCUCCACAGUUGUCGGUGGCGCUUUCGGAGGUCUUCUCGCAUACGCCAUCGCCUCCCUCGACGGGCGCCACGGCAUCGCCGGCUGGCGGUGGAUCUUCAUCAUCGAAGGCACCGUGACCGCAGGCAUAGCUAUCAUAUCCGUUUUCUUCAUCGUCGACUGGCCCGAGCAAUGUAAAUUUCUCACGUCCGAAGAGAAAAGGCUACUAGAGCUGCGGCUGGCAGACGACGGCGCCGGGAGCAAGGCGCGCAUGGACACGCUCAACGCGUACGCGUACCGGCGCAUCCUCACCGACUGGAAGGUCUGGCUCGGCGCAUUCACGUACAUGGGCGUCGGGAUCACGGGGUACGCGACGACCUUCUUCAUGCCCACCAUCCUGAGCGAAUUCGGCUGGACCGCGCGGGCCGCGCAAGUCCACACCAUUCCCGUUUACGCCGUGUCGGCCGUGGGCAUGGUAUCGGUGGCGUACCUUUCGGACUAUUUCAAACAUCGAUUCGGCUUCAUCAUCCUCGGCUGCUGUAUCGCGACGAUCGGCUACGGCAUGUUGCUAGGCCAAGCGCACCUCUCGAGCGAUGCUAAAUACGCCGCGGUAUUUCUGGUCUCGCUAGGUGGCUUUAUAUGUCCGCCUAUCGCUCUCGCAUGGCUUUCUAACAAUGUCUCGGGUCACUGGAAGCGUUCUUUCGCCUCCGCCGCUCAGGUUGCCCUGGGGAACAUCGCGGGAAUCGUGGCCGCUCUCGUCUACCGCCAGGACGAAGCCCCGCGUUACCGGACUGGUUAUAGUGUCUCCGUGGGAUUGAUGUGGGUUGGCGCUAUCAUGGCAUUGCUGCUUUUUACGGGCAUGCUUAUUGAAAAUAGGAUGCGCGAUGCGGGUAAGAGAGAUGCGCGGUUGAGCCACCCUAAGGAAGAGGUCGAUAAUAUGGGUGAUUACCAUCCUUCGUUCCGGUUCACGUUAUAAAUCAUGAACUGGAUAGCACAAUCCUUGCAAUGGGAACCUUGGAUGAAUUUGCAUUCAUAUUGGAAGGGAAGGGGUAUUGCACAUAUGAAAUUUGUGCGUAUGGAAGGAGGAUGUCCAUAGUAUAGAGGUGUUGGUUUCCGUGUAUGAAGAAGUGUGAUGAUUAAUGAUACCCUAUAGAAACUUGCGACAAAUUGGUCGUGAUAAUCGAAUGACGUCUAAUGUCUAUGGUGUACACCCUAUUCGUCUAAAGUUAUAAGGUCAAUGGAGUAGUC